AUGGGACUAAAAUACCAUUAUAUUCAAAAGGAUACGCAGAACCGAACAUGGAAAUUGGUGUCAAACGUCCUUUCAGCCGUGCAAUUUAAUGAACGCCACACCGGAGAAAAUAUAAAACAAAAAUUCCAGCAAUCUCUGGAUUCAUUAGGAAUUAGCACGACCAAGGUCGGUUAUCUUGUGACUGAUGGCCCUAGCAAUAUGGUUUGCGGCUUUAAGAAUUGGAUCGAGGAGACUGAAAAUCUUGUGACGGAUGAAGACGAUUUAGCUAUCGACCUUGAAGACGAUUCACAACCGGAAGACUCUGAUAUUAGUGAGAGCUCUGAGGAUGAAGAGGAAGAAAGUGAUGCAAAUGAUCAAGUCAAUGUAGCGACGCCAAACAUUACAAUUGGUGAAAAAGUUAGGAUUUCUUGUUAUGCACAUACCUUGCAAUUAGUGAUCAAAGACGUCAUUGGAAAAGGCGGUAGACCUAAAGAAGUUCUGGAUUGUGCUUUCAAAAUUGUAAAGUAUUUCAUGCGGUCAAAUUAUUGGAGAAAGCGACUAAAAAAAGUUGUGGGGAAGGUGUUGAUAAAGCCAGCUGCUACUCGAUGGAAUUAUAUUUAUUACGUUUUGGAACGCUUAUGCCAGGAUAAAGUGUACGGUGAGGUUUGCAACCUAAUAAGAGAAGCCAGCACUUGUUCAAAGAAGCCAAAAAAUUUGCCUCCCACACCUAGCAUUGAGCCUCAAGAAAAAAUGAUCGAAAUAAAAAAUCUCCUAAAGCCAAUUUGUGACGCAACAAAUAAACUUCAAGGUGAUGGGGUAACCAGUAGUUUGUUUUACUACUCGAUAGUAAAUGCAUUUAACGUCAAACCUGCCUUGUAUGGAACCAGAAGCCUUGAAACUCCUUCAAUUGACGAGGUCACUGAUAUGCUCAAGUCAUAUUGCAAGGAAGAUCCUUCGGCUGAAGCAGCAUUACACACAUUUCCUGAAAACGAAGAUAACGACGACGAUCCAUUUUCCAUGCUGCCAAGGAUUGUCAAUUCGAAUACUACUGUCGCUCAUGAAGUAGACAAAUAUUUAGGUCUACAAAGAGAACCGUCGAAAUCCGAUCCACUAGAAUUUUGGGCUAAAAACGAAACCAGCUUUAAAGAAUUGUCGAAUUUGGCCAGUCAAUAUCUUGCAAUUCCGGCAUCCACGGGCAGUGUAGAGCGGCUUUUUUCUCUACUGGGAUCAUUUGGACGUUCAAGGAGAUCAAGUCUGAACCCGAAGUCUUUGGAAAAUUUAGUGCUUCACCGAGAAUAUCGUCGUCCGAUUUUGAUGAGAGCUCAUCCAGCCAUAAAUCUCUCAAAAAAAGGAAAGUCUGGAGCCGGACAACAAGUGCAAUAA